AUGCUCAGUUUCCAAACUUCUGAUGGUCAAAUCGUUGACGCAUCAAAGAUGAUUUUCCUCAAAUCGACCGUAGUCCAGAAUGCAAUCAUUAAAAAUCGAGGAGUGGCUCCAGAAGUCAUUAGAUUGGAUGGUGUCACUGGAACAACUCUAAAACAUAUUAUCCAUUUUCUGGAACACUACAAAGAUGCUCCAGUUGAAGUGGGGAUACCACGAGAGCUCACUGACUUCGAUAAGGAAUUUUUUCAAUCCGCUGGAAAUCCAGAGUUAUUUAAAAUGACUUGCGCCGCCCAUUCCAUGGAUAUCAGACUGCUAACCGUAGCUACAGCAACGUAUAUUGCCCAUAUGGCUGAGGGAAAAUCAACAGAGGAGCUUCGAAAUAUGUUUGGGAUUCCUACAGAUUCCGAGGACGAAGAAAGAGCGAAUGAGGAGGAACAAGAAAGCAAUGAGUGA